AUGUACUUUAACCGGUUCUCUCUCAGCACCAGGACUUCAUUUUUAACCACCACAGCGCGAGUGACCCAAGUGACAGCGAGGACUGUCAUCUUCAGAGUACUGUAAGUUACAACAAAGACCUUUGGAUAAAACCGUUUCAGGAGCAGUUUGCCUGUGGUGGCGCUAGCCGUGGUCUGUUUAACUAGCAUAGCUUGUCAACUUUCACCGUCGCUACUCAGUGAGUAAUGUUCAACUUUAUCCUAUAAACCUGGUAGCCAGGUACCCGCAGGUAAAGCUGAGUACAAGUGCGUACUUUAAACUUUCCAAAGGUAAGAUCUCAGCCCUGCUAGCUACCGAAAAGGUGGCGACAGAGUAGCCGGAGUGCUUUGUGUCUUUCGAGGUCAUCCUGUCCGGUUAAGACAUCCAGCUGUUACCAGGAAGCAGAGUUAGGCAUGAAGAGCCUUCCGUACUUCAGUCGGGGAGAGGUCAUCCGAGGCUUCGGGAGAGGGAGCAAAGAGCUGGGAAUCCCUACAGCCAACUUCCCAGACUCAGUGGUGGACAACCUCCCAGCAGAUAUCAACACAGGGAUCUACUAUGGUUGGGCCUGCGUGGGUAACGGUGACGUCUACAAGAUGGUGAUGAGCAUUGGCUGGAACCCUUACUACAAAAAUACCAAGAAAUCUAUGGAGACUCAUGUGAUCCACACGUUCAAAGAAGACUUUUAUGGGGAAAUUCUCAGUGUUGUUAUGGUGGGCUACAUCCGUCCAGAGAGAAGCUACGACUCACUUGAAGCCCUCAUUGCUGCCAUCAACAAUGACAUAGAGGAGGCCAAGGUCAAACUGGAGCUCCCAGAGCAUCUCAAAUUGAAAAACGACAACUUCUUCACCAGCACCCCCAUCUUGUCUUCAGCCCCGCCCACCACUACUGCAUCCACAUCACAGACUAUUAUGAAUGGCCACUGACAGCUGGCUGCGACUGCAGCACACACACAUAUGCACGCAUACAUACACACAUCAGAACAACAGAGAUGUCCAUGUAUGUACUCAUUAAAAUGCACAACUUAAUUCUGAGAUCGCUUAGCUGUCGCCAUGGCUAUUCAAGGGCAUAAUCAUAAACCACCAAUCUUUUUUUUUUUUUUUUUUUAAAUGUAUUCCUUUACUUUGUCUUUGUGUCUUUGAUCGGUUUAAAGUUUAAACUGUUAAACUUCCCAAUUGGGUUUGUUACAGAUUACGUUCAUUUGUGUAUAUAUUCACACCAGAUUGCCUCAUAUCAUAGCAUAGCUGUACGUUAAAGACACAAAAUAUAAGCAGUGUUGUAAAAAUCUGUGUUUAAAGAACUUCGUAAAUAUACCAUAAACUCAACUGUGUGAACACUAUCCAGCCAAGGUCAUACACCUUACUUAUGUAGUCCUUUUCUGUUGAGAUUUGUUUUGGCAUCAGAUUGGUGGAGAGAAAGUCUGGGCAUUAUUAUCUGUAACAAACACAGUACAGCACAGUGACAGUGACUUAUGCAACAGUGUGGCAAAUACAAUGUAUCUGUCUGAAGAAAAGGAGAUUAAAUUAUGAAAUAAUGUAAAUUUAAAGUUUACAUUUCCCUCUUGAGAAAAUGUCUUUGUGUGACACAAGCCCUAUAACUGUAUAAUUGAUUAUUGUAUAUCAUUUCAACAUAUUCACCCUUUGGAAUGAAUUGGUACUGUACUUAUUCUUUCUUUCCACCUUUGUUUUUUGGGUGUUUAAGGAUUUGUAGAUGAAUGCAAGAAGAUCUGUUUUUUUUAUCCCUGCAGCUCGCCUGGUGCUCAGACCUGCAGUCUGUCUGUCUCUGUGGGUUUGUUACAGAUAGUAAAACAUUGAUAGGUGAGAGGAGAGGAAGAAGAAUCAAGUCCAUAGCUCCAAGAGGGUAACAGUCAUGUAAAUGGACACAAAUUCACACCAUUAAAAAUUAAAGGAUGAUUAGUCUGAAAAUGUUGAAAGAAGAUUAGUCUUCAAGUUUUUAAAGAAUAUGUUUAAUUAUUGUGAAGGAAUACCUCUUUACUCAUUGGGCCUGUGUGUGUGUGUGCGUGCCUGCACCUGUUGAUAUGAAACAGUCCAACUGAAACGAUGUACAAUUCAUUGAACCCCUGUAAAAUAAUUGUUUUAAAUGAAAGAAAUGGGAGUCUAGCAAUAUGAUUUUGGGUUUAAAAUCUGUAUUGUUUUUAGAUUAUUAAAGUGUUUAUUUAGGGAGCAAAAGAAAUGACUGCAUUUUAUGAAUGUUGACAAUCAUGCAACAGUAGCUAUGAUUCUUUCACAUGAAGAGCUUAGCUGUUUUUGCAGGCACCUUUCUGUUUUCAGUCUGAUGGCUUUUUAUAUUUCCUUUUAAUCAGUUUAGUUUCCUUAAAAGCAGGUGAACAGUGUUUAAGUUUGUAAAAGCCUGUAUAUUGUUCAGGCCAACUAAAUGAAAACGCCUAUACUGGAAGCAGUACUUCACUUUAAUUCUGUAACCAAAUCUACUAUACAAAGCUUUUAUAGAUUAGAUGCUACAUAAGACAAUAUAUUUAUCUUCUAAAGCACUUAAUGUACUGAAAAAACUUCACUAACUUUAGUGAUGUGCUGCUUCUUCAAACCAGUCAAUUCUUUAGAAAGAGAUUUUAAGAUUAAUUCUUAACGCAUCUGACUGUCAGAUGUCAGAUUGUUUAUUGUAGUUAACACAGGGACCAGGGUUAAUGUAUGUAUAGCUAAAGGUUGA